AUGGCCCGGAAGGUUCUGGGCUGCCUAUUUCUGGCCCUUGUGGCCGCCAACGCCCAGUAUGCGCCCCCUAGGUUAGCUCCAGCACCUCCACCAGCCCCCGAGCCUCUACCACUCCCCGAACCUGUCGUUAACUCGGCACCGUACGGACCCCCACAGAUCCAGCAGCAGUCGCUGUCCCCCGCGUUCGCUCCCGCCCCCGUUCCCGACCCCCAGUACGGGCCCCCGCAGAUCCAACAGCAGUCGCUGUCCCCAGCAUUCGCCCCCGCCCCAGUUCCCGACCCCCAGUACGGGCCCCCGCAGAUCCAGCAGCAGUCGCUGUCCCCCGCGUUCGCUCCCGCCCCUGCUCCUGCCCCCCUUCCCGACUCCCAGUACGGGCCCCCGCAGAUCCAACAGCAGUCGCUGUCCCCAGCAUUCGCCCCAGCCCCUGUUCCUGAUCCCCAGUACGGCCCCCCGCAGAUCCAGCAGCAGUCGCUGGCAUCGCCAGUCCCACCGCCUCCUGCGCCAUCUCCGUUACCCCUUCCUGAUCCUGUUGUAGUUUCCGCCCCCGUUGUCCUUCCGCCAGCCUUCGCCCCCACCCCCAACUAUGUGCCUGCGGAACGCUACGGCCCUCCUGCUGGUUUCUCGCCUAGCCAACCCUCGGCCGGCCCCGCCCCCGCCGCUGCAGCUCCACCGCCGCCGCCCGCGCCCUUGCCGCUGCCAGCGCCCCAGCAGUAUCAGUAUCAAUACCAGUACUCGUACUCGAUGCCCGCCGGUGGGGCGGCAGCCGCUCCCGCCGCGGCGCCGGCCAGUUCGUUCGCCCCGACGAGCCCGUUGGAGGCCUCCGGCUACUCGCCCUUCUCGACCUCGGCGUCAGCGGCGACUGCGGCGACUGCGGACGCGCCCCUUGUGCCGCCCUCUCCUGUGACCACGCCGUUGGAGAUCCCGACGCAGUUUGUGAGUGGCCUCUCCGCCGCCCCUGCAGGGCCGUACCCUUAGUGGCCCCGUCGCCGCCGAGGGUGGCCAUCCCUCGAGUGAGGCCAUUCCUACUCUGUCGCCUACUCAACCGAGCAGCCCCGGUGCGGCAGACUCAUCGUGGCGACAGGAACUAGUCAUCAAAGCCAAUUUCGCUUAUUUACAUGUAUUAUCGUGUUUUUUUUUAUUAUUUUUUUGUAAUCAUCAAUCGCCGUACAUCUUCUACAUAUUAUGUAUCUUUAUAGAACAUCUGGCAGUUGAGGCCGUAGUAUAGACAUCACUUUAAUAAGAAACUAGAAUAAAACGACCGGUUUGAAGUGGGUGUUUCACACGAAAUGUUAAUCGACCGUCAGCGCGAUGUGAAAUAAAGAAUGUGGUAUAAACAGUA